UCUUUUAAUUCUGUAAAUAUCCAUUAGUAAAGUUCUUUAACGAUAUGUCCUUUAUUGAUUACGGAUUCGAGAUAUUUUCACUGAGUCCCGAUUAUCAAAAAAACGUUUAUGAGCUUGGCGAUUAUAUUGUGGAUAAAAAUUUUUGGAAUUCAACUGUAUUAAAAAAUGCUUGUCAAGACGACGUUAUCAAUCACCUUAUCAGUUUGGGAUCCUGCGCGGAAAAGGAGCUUGAUAUUGUUAGAAAAGAACUCCACGGCUAUCAGUCAUUGAAACUCACCAACGAGCAAUUCAAUCAAUUGAGAAACAUUAAAUUCGAUUAUGUAAAUGCAGAGAGUGACAAAUUAAUUAAAUGUUCAAAUUUGGACAGUAAUUGUUCAUCACUUGUCGUUGAUACUGUGAAUCAGAAUCAAACCGAUGGCGAGAAUGCCUUUGAGGAGGGGAGCAGCAAGUCCUUCAAUGUGAGCAACCGGCAAUUGUAUUCAAAUGCGACGAAGCUCGCGUUAGGCCCAAGUACCCAGCUGAUGAGCUACAAGAAGCCGACGCUCAUACAGUUCAGGAACAAGUAUUUAGAUCAUCAUUGGCUGAAAUCCUCUAAUAUACCUGUCGAGAAUAUUGGCAUGACAAUAGUCCAGGAGUCAGAGAUCAUGCUCCUGAAAAACGAGAAUGCGGAAAAAGAAAUGGUGCUGAAUCAAUUCCAAAAGCAGAAUAAGCAAUUGGAGGAAUACAUCGAGCAAUUGAAGAGUAAAUAUAAGAAAGUGGAAAACACUUCGCAAAUGUAUAAAGUGCAAAUAGAUGACAUAAUUCGGCAAAAGAAUAAGGAACUCAGGGUCGCGGAAGAGAACAAUGAAAGAUUGGAUCGAGAAUUGAAAGAUGUGCUAGAGUCCAAAAAGGUAGACGCUGAUGAAAUUGCGAAAUUACAGGCUAUUGUCAAUAAUACUGAGAUUUCGCGCACAAAUCUUAUCGAUAAGUUGAAAAUGAUGAAGCAGCGCUUGGAGAUUCUCGAAAGCAAAAACAUGACGCAGACGACUAUGAUUAAGAAAUUGCACCAAGACUACGCCAACCUCGAAAAGCAGAACGAGAAGGAGAGCGAAAUCGAGAGACUGUUAAACAUUAUUCAACGUCUCAACAAGAAAUACGACAAAUCAAAGGUACACGUCGAGGUAAACGAGAGCAAGAUGCUGGAGUGUCGCGAGCAAUUGACGUCGAUGGAGCGCGAGGUCGGCAAGCUGAUCGUCGAUCUGGCCGAGUGCCUCGGACCCACCGAGAGCUGCGACAUCGGCUACCUCGAGAAGAGCAUGUGGGACGAGACCAAGGCGAUAGAGCUCAGCCGGGGCUUCGCCAAGAUCGUGCGCGAGCACGAGAAGUGUCGUGAGAACCGUAUCGAGCUGCUCAACGAGAUUGAACGGCUCGCCGCCAUUAAUCGGGCAAAUGCAGGUAUUUCGAAGAUUAAACUCGAUUUGCACGAAGAGAUCACUAGAAUGAAGGAAAUAAUCGAAAAUUCCGGAAGUAUAUUGAAAUUGAAGUCAGAAACAAAGAAAAUAUUCGAGACUUUGACGUUGUUACUUAAUACGAAUAAAAAUGAAAAAUCUGAAAAAACUAAUGCAGACGUUGAACCCGAUAACGCCGAUAAGAAAUCAAACGAUUCUAUGGACUAUAAAAAAUUCGAGAAUUUGCUACUACCGGAGUUCGAAAAAAUGCAGAAAGCCUUAUCGGACGUGGAAAUCACACUCAAAGGUCAAGGGGAUUGUAAUUCGGGGGCCAUAUCUGAAAAUGCAAAACAAAAAGAAGCAACAAAGUCUGAAAAGUCCCAUCAUAAUGAAGUUCUAAUUAAAGGUGGCCUAUCGACAAAAAUAGUAGAUAAUAUACAAAAUUGUAAGGAAUUCAUUUUGAGAAUAAUGAACAUUGCGCGCGAUGUACAAUUAACUUUAAUUCUUGAAUUUCCUAUACUAGAGUCGGAAUUUAAGGUGAAAUAUAAGGAAUUAAAGGAUCAAUUGCAGACGACCUUAAAGUCUCAUAAUAAAACAAUCGCGGAUAAAAAUAAUUUGCAAAAACAGUACGACGAUUCGCAAAAACAAUGUAAAGAAGUUGCUCGAGAAAUAGAAAAAUUAGAACAAUCAUUGAACGAAAAAUCGAACGAUUUGUUAUCUCUCAAUACAAAAAUGCAAUCCAGUUUCGAAUGUUAUCAAAAGGAAAAGGAGAUUUUGCAGAAUCAAAUAGUUGAUGCUGAAUUUAAAUUUCAACAAAGCGUUACCGAAGUCGUGAACAUGACCAAGGCCAACGAUAGUUUGAUCGGAAACCUCAAAGAGGAAUUAGAAAUUAAUAAGACGAAGCUUUGCGAAUACGAAGCGAUGAAUGAGAUAUUAACGGUGAAAUUAAAGAAUUUCGACGAGAUGAUUCAAAAAUUGCAGGCCAUAAUUAUGCAAAAAAAUAAUAUUGAUAUCAACAAGAUAAUUAUCAACCAAAAUGAAAUUAAGGAGUUGAUUAAAUAUAAAAAUGACUUGAUGGAGAAAAACGCUAAUCUUCAUUCGCAGCUGUUGAAUUUAGAGAGGAGCGACCUCAGUAUGGAAAGUAAUUUGAACAAAAUGCUCCAGGAUAACCAGUAUUUGGAGGUCUGUAUAAAUUAUAUGAAAAAUGAAAAUGAGGAUCUGGUCUCGAAAAUCGAUAAGCAAGAAUGUCCUAAUAUAAACCUUGGCGUCAAGUGUAACGAAUUACUUGAAAAAGUUGAAAAAAUAUCUAAACAACAGUCUAAGCAGAUUCAAAAGUGUCCGAAUACUGAUGCGGCAAUUCGAGAAAUGAAAAAAGAAAUUAAAUCUCAAAAAGAUAAGAUUGACAAUCAGCAAAAAGACUUAUUAAUGAAAGCCAAAGAGAUCGACGAUAAAAAUAAAAGUAUCGAGAUGUUAAGUAAUCGAUUAAAUCAACUGAAAACGAGUAACGGAAUGGAUAAUACUUUGUACGUAAAACAGAUCGAAACACUUUCUAAUCAGAAAAUGAAACUUGAAAACGAACUGAAACAAACAUUAAUGAAGCACGAAGAUAAGCUUGCUGAAAUGCAAAAGCAGUAUAAUCAUAUUGAGAUUGAGUUACACAAAAACCACAACGAUAGCACGAGGCAUUUAGAAACCAAGUACAUGGAGAUGAUGAAGGACGGCAAAACAUUUACUUCUCCAACUUGGCUUCAAUCUCUGAAACCAAAUGAAUUACAAGAAUUGCACCACAGAAUUUGCAAGACGCCACUGUGCUCUACCAAUACUUACGAAAACAAACUCAUCGAGGAUGCAACAAAACGAAAUUGGAAUAAGAAUGAUAUUGCAACGUAUAAAAAUAAAGGACUUAUUUCAAAUAAGCAAGAAUUGAGAACCGUAAGAAUUUCUUCGACGAAUGAUAUGAGAUUCCAUAAUCGACAGAGCUGUACACCAGAAAAAAUGUUAAACAAUCGAUCAUUAGUGAUGUCAAAGAAGUAA